AACGGCCGACGGAGGUUCCUUAACUUUAACACUCCCCUGGGUGAACCUCCAAGCUGGGAACGAAAACCAUCAUCAACGCUCUAGGAAGAAAAGGGUCCCGUUCCGCGGAAGUUCUCGGCGUCGGGAUCAUCAAGAUUACAUCAUUAUUAGCUUGACACAUUGUCUCUCUCCCGAGCUUUCCAGCUAGAACAGUCCGCCUUACCCAGGAACUCUACCUGCACGUGAGGACAUGACAUCUCCGAUCCCUGGGAUCGGUGGCAGCCAAGACUAUCAGACCUCUCUUACCGGUCUCGGUUUAGCCGGGAAUAUUUCACGAUCUUCCCGCCGCCUUACCAUAUUCCGUACCUUUUAGCAAGAUACGUCAGCUAGCCAUGUCGGUAAACAUGACGACGGCGAGACGGGUUUCCAACAACGAGAUCUCGCCGGUGUCAGAGACGACGCCGGACUCGUCGCCCGGUCCCUCUCCGAAACGACAUUGCAUCCAGGCCCAGGGUCCUCCCCCGUACAGCGCAAUCGAUGCCGCCGCGGCCAUAGGAGGCCUGGCCGCUCGCGCGUGCGAGAAAUGCCGCGCUUCUAAGCGCAAGUGUGACAAGAAGUUGCCCUUCUGCGACCGGUGUAAGAGGCUGAACGCCAAGUGCCAAUACGUGCACGACAUCUCCAGCACCGUGAGCCCGCACGGCACCCAAUUCGUCAUCUACCAGCCGCGCCCACUAACCCACGACCCGCUCCUCCGCGCGCCCGAGCCCCUCGACGGCAUCUCCGCCGCGCAGCUACUAGCUCUGGUAUCAACGGGCGCGUGUCCGGGACACCCGCAAGUAGACUGGCGCGCCGCCGUGACCAACUACUUCUUCUGCGUGCACCCGUGGUUCGCAGUAGUGCACCCCGCCGUCUUCGAGCGGCAAAUCGCCGGGCUCGUCGCCGCUGUGGAUUCCCCUCCCUCGGUCACCGGGGAAACGCCGUCCUCGAUCCCGAACUCGCGCUCGAAUUCCACUUCGACGACCCAUCGCGACUCCGUCACAGGGUCGAAUCUAAACGCCGCGUUGGCCUGCCAGCACACGACAACGACGAUGGAGUGGCCGUCGAAGACGGUCGCGCUGCUGGUUCUGGCGAUGUAUCUGAACACGCGGAUGCGACUGACGGACGUCGGCGAGCAGCCCAUCUUCGACGAGACGUACCGGACCGUAAAGCGGCUGCUCUCCCCGCUCCUCGUAGCAUGUGUCGGCGACCCGCGGCCGAGCGUGGAGCUAGUGCAGGCCGGGGCGCUGCUGGCGCUGUACGAGUACGGACACGGGGAGAUCGUGGCGGCGUACAGGACGCUCAGCCAGACGGUUGUCACGGCGCGGGUUAUGGAUAUAAAGCCUGGCCAGAUCGCGGAUACGGCGGGGGACGAUGUGUUGAUGCUGAGUGUGGACGAGGAGCUGACGGGGUGUCUUUGGUGGGCGAUGUUUAUCCUCGAGCAAUCCAUCCACCAAGACGAAGACGCAAAAGACCUGCCCUUCCUCCUCGAAACCCCGACGCGGAAUACCCUUCUCCCAGAAACACCCCCCAUGACCCCUCCCCCCGACGGCUGCAACUUCCCGCUCUCCCCCCCAACCACCACCACCACAACAACAACCUCCUCCUCAACCCUCUCCUCAACCCGGCACCUCUCAACCAGCGUCCUCGUAAGCCGCGAAAAAUUCGGCGGCUUUCAACUCUCGGCCAAAACAGCCACGCUCUUCCACCGCGCGAUCCGCAUCGACAAAGAGCGCGCGGAACGGCCUGGGAAAAUGCCUUUGGUGGCCGCGUACGCGGAUCUGGAUAGGGAGAUUAGGGAGACGACGCUCACGCUGCUGAAUGAUACGCUGGAUUGGGAGGGUGCGUUGGAUUGCUUUGCGAUGCUGUCGAAUCAGGAGCUCAGUACCGCGCUCGCGGCGAUCCGCUUCGCGUGCAAGAUGUCCACGGAUAUCUCGUGCAAGAUCAACGCGGACUACGGCGCCCAGCCGAAGUCGCCCGCCCAGCUAUGCGCGCCGGCCGGGGCGACGUGCUAUAUGGUCAUCCUCGCGUUCGCGAGCUUAGGCAAGAUUUUCCCCGAGGAGAGGGCCGAGUGUCAGAAGGAUAUCGCGGAGAAGUUUGAGAGCUUGACGCUGUUUAGUUUUCGCUGGGGGAUUGCUGGUUAGUAUUUUUUUUAUUUCUUCCUGGUUUCCCCCCUCUGUCGGUAUUUUUGGAGGUAGAGGGUUUGAGACAUUCUCACAUCAUCAUUUUUCUCUCCCCGACCCUCAAUUUUUUUGAUAUAGACCCCAUUGAUGCAAUUGGCGUGCUAGAAUAGUGCAGGAAUAUGCUAAC